AUGCGAGAUGAACGCAAGCAUGAAACCCAGAAAGUAGGAAAACAAGAAUACCGCGACGAUGUGGCCAUUGCCUUUUUGAGCUUCAACAUGGCGACAAGAUUGUUGCGGGUAAACUUCUGCGACUACCCUCUGAUGUCCCUAGUGCGUCGGUCUGACGCCGAACUGUCUCGGCCUUACGAGCACAGCAUUGCAGGCUUCAUUGACGAUGCUCUGGACAUAGAGUAUGUCCAGUGUUUUACUUGGUGCCUUCACGAUGAGCAGAGAGUUGGGUGUCAUGAUGACUGCAUUGGGAUUGCAUCUGAUGCGACACUAUCCAAGAUUCUGAAGGUGACCGCACUUGCAUUCGAGUCACCUCUGAUUGUCGAUAAACGACGGAUUCGUUGGUUCAAGGAACGCUUGGCCGGAGUUCUUGAAACAGCGACCCGCCAUGUUCUCCAUUUACCGGAGGGAGUCCGUCACAAUAUUGCAAGCUGGGCCUUGGACUCUUACACCACCCGUCGUCGCUUGGCCACUGAUUGCGCCAACAAGAGAUGUGCGGAGGUAACCAACGUUGUAUCGUCGUCCAUCGACACUUCGAAAAUGAUCUAUGCGAAAUACGUCGAAUUUGAGGGCGUCCAUUGCAUUGCCUGCUUGGCGAGCGCAGCCAGCGACGAGAAGGACGUCCUACUGUUUGAUCCGACCUUGCCGUCGUCCGCCAACAGCCUGUACGUCGCGAGCGAUCAUCUAGGCGUUCGACAAAUUUUGUUUGCCGAUUCCUCGGAACGGGGCACCAUCCAACAAGCAGCAGACGUUUGGCGGAAAGCAGGAUUUCCACAGAUUCCACUGGGGUGUGUUUGGGUUAAAAGCAUAUGCAAUGCAGAACCAAGCUACUGCAUGUCGGCGGUCUCUUGUAACAACCCCCAGACCACAGCCUACUCACUGUGCUGGAAUCGCGAGAUCGUAAUGCUACAUGCACACCAAGCCCAGGAGGACCUUAACUUUUAG